ACAUCCUUGUACAAGAAUACGUAAAAUUUGGAUCCUUGGACACAUAUUUGAAAAAGAACAAAAAUGUUAUCAAUAUCUUGUGGAAGCUGGAAGUAGCCAAACAGUUGGCAUUAGCCAUGCAUUUUCUGGAGGAUAAAGGCCUUGUUCAUGGGAAUGUCUGUGCAAAAAACAUCUUGCUUAUCAGAGAGGAAGACAGGAAGUCUGGAAACCUUCCGUUUAUAAAACUAAGUGAUCCUGGCAUCAGUAUUACAGUUUUGCCAAGAGAUAUUCUUCUUGAGAGAAUACCAUGGGUUCCACCUGAAUGUAUUGAGAAUCCCAAACAAUUAAGCCUGGCCACAGACAAAUGGAGUUUUGGUACUACUUUGUGGGAAAUCUGCAGUGGAGGAGACAAACCUCUGAGUGCACUGGAUUCUUCAAGAAAACUACAGUUUUAUGAAGAUAGGCACCAGCUUCCUGCCCCCAACUGGACAGAACUAGCAAACCUUAUAAACAACUGUAUGGAUUAUGAGCCAGAUUUCAGGCCUUCAUUUAGAGCAAUUAUACGUGACUUGAAUAGUUUGUUCACUCCAGAUUACGAGCUAUUGACAGAAAGUGAUAUGUUGCCAAAUAUGAGAAUUGGAGCACUUGGAUUUUCUGGUGCUUUUGAAGAUCGGGACCCAACACAGUUUGAAGAAAGACAUCUUAAGUUUUUACAGCAACUUGGCAAGGGAAAUUUUGGCAGUGUUGAGAUGUGCCGGUAUGACCCACUGCAGGAUAAUACCGGAGAGGUGGUGGCUGUGAAAAAGCUGCAACAUAGCACAGAAGAGCACCUUAGAGACUUUGAAAGAGAAAUUGAAAUACUUAAAUCUCUGCAGCAUGAUAACAUUGUUAAAUACAAAGGAGUAUGCUACAGCGCAGGUCGUAGGAAUCUAAGAUUAAUUAUGGAAUAUUUACCAUAUGGAAGUUUACGAGAUUAUCUGCAGAAACACAAGGAGAGGCUGGACCACAAGAAGCUUUUGCUGUAUGCAUCUCAGAUAUGCAAG